AUGUGGCUACAUUGCCAGUGUGAUAUACAAUAUUUGCCCACAGGCUUGCAGCUUGGCAAAUUUCAGUUCUCUUUUCCGGUUUAUCUGUGGAGUACGCGAGACGUCUGCCACAGGCUUCCCAAGAUGGGCGCUUACAGAUAUAUUCAAGAGUUGUAUCGUAAAAAGCUUAGCGAUGUUAUGCGCUUCCUUUUGCGUGUCAGAGUCUGGCAGUACCGCCAGUUGACUCGUAUGCAUCGCGCUCCAAGGCCCACUAGGCCAGACAAAGCUAGGAGACUAGGAUACCGUGCCAAGCAAGGAUAUGUUAUCUUCAGAAUUCGUGUUCGCCGUGGUGGCCGCAAACGCCCAGUACCAAAAGGUGCAACCUACGGAAAGCCCAAAAGCCACGGAGUUAACCAACUUAAACCUACACGCAACUUGCAGUCUAUUGCAGAGGAACGUGUUGGACGUCGCUGUGGGGGUCUGCGUGUGCUCAACUCAUACUGGGUUGCACAAGACUCUUCCUACAAAUACUAUGAAGUCAUCUUGGUUGAUCCUUCCCACAAGGCCAUCCGACGUGAUCCCAAGAUCAACUGGAUAGUAAAUGCUGUGCAUAAGCACCGUGAAAUGCGUGGUCUUACAUCAGCCGGCAAGAGUUCACGUGGUCUCGGCAAGGGACACAGAUUCUCUCAAACCAAGGGAGGCUCUCGCCGCGCCGCCUGGAUAAGACGCAACACCCUACAACUGCGUCGCAAGCGA